UUUACCAUGAAUUUUUCAAAUCUUAAAAUAAGCGAAAAACUGGUGCCUUCAAAUUACUUAAAACUGGCCGUGGAGUCACAAAAGUCCAAAGAAGUUAAGCUUAAGGAACUCUUAGAAAAACGUUCACUACCAGAAGACGGUUGGAGCGAUGAUCUCAUAGAAUAUACAGUGCAACAGUUGGCAUGCUUAGAUAGUAAUAAUUUUCCACAUAAAGCUGGUCUAGGAGAAAGAGAGGCGCGUAUUGUUAGCAACUUAGUUGCACGACGUCAUUAUAAUUUUGGCCAUGGUAUAGGCAGAUCCGGAGAUUUAUUAGAGGCUCAACCCAAGGCUGUCGGUUCCUCAAUAUUGUCACAAUUAACCAAUGCCAUGCUUUUAGACCUUAUGCGAGCUAUCGGCAUUAAAAGUUGUGAUAGUUGUUUCCUAGUACCCUUGGCCACCGGCAUGACAUUAACGCUAUGUUUUCUCAGCCUACGAAAGCAAAGACCACAAGCGAAAUACAUUUUAUGGUCGCGCAUAGAUCAGAAAUCUUGUUUUAAAAGUAUGACAACAGCCGGAUUUAUACCGAUUAUUAUAAACCCCAUAAGGAAAGCGGAAAAGGAAGGUCUUUUUACUGAUUUAGAAGAAUUUUCUAAGAAAUUGGAAACUCUAAGGGCAGAAGAAAUAUUGUGUAUAAUGUCUACUACUAGUUGUUUUGCACCACGAAACAUGGAUGAAAUUUAUGAGCUGGCGCAAAUGGCAGAAAAAUACAAUGUGCCUCAUGUUAUUAAUAAUGCUUAUGGCUUGCAAUCCCAAUAUAUUUGCGCCCAAAUACAAAGGGCUUUUGGUGGAGGACGUGUUGAUCUGUUUGUACAAAGUACAGAUAAAAACUUAAUGGUACCGGUAGGUGGUGCCCUAGUGGCUGGUUGUAAUAAAGAAAUUGUACACAAUGUGGCUAAAACUUAUGCAGGUCGAGCUUCUAGUUCACAAAGCUUAGAUGUUUUUAUGACGCUGUUGUCCUUGGGUAAAAAUGGUUAUUUAGCACUUAGCCAAGAACGUAGAAAAGCAUAUGACGAAUUAAAAUCGGGACUUUCAAUAUUUGCAAAUAGCAACAACUUCACUUUUAAACAUUCCAAAUCUAAUCCCAUAUCUAUGGCUGUAUUUUUCGAUCCCCAAUCAAUAGAUCAGCCUACCAAAUUAGGCUCCAUGUUGUAUACACGAGGCAUUUCUGGUACCAGGGUAGUAGCUAGAGAUUCUACUAAAACAAUAGAUGGCUAUGAAUUUAAAAAUUGGGGUACUCAUGAAGACCGUAAUGGACCGGCUUAUUUAACAGCUGCUGCCACUUUGGGCUUAACAUUAUCGGAAAUUGAAGUUUUCCUUAAGAAACUUAAUGAAUGUUGGAAGGAUUUACAAAGUCAAAAGGUUAAAAAUAAUAAAAUUCAAGAAUAGUAAACAA